AUGCAGGAUCUCGAAAAGGCAUGUCCUGAGGGAAAAUUUAUUCCCGAAGGGGGGAGCAGUCUCAACUCUCCAGAUGAGGGCCUCGUCGAUAUUGUCGACUUGCCCGCUGGGUGGAAGGGGAAAGUCACGAAAGUUUUGGGCAUAGGAGCAGUUGAACUCCGAGGCGCAGUACCUAUUCCCGUCGAAGAACGCACAUGCACUAGCUUCCUGAAUAUUGGAACAUUGUGGUUUUGUAUGAAUGCAAACAUGCUACCGAUUACUUUCGGAAUCCUAGGUCCUUCUUACGGGCUGGGUCUUAGAGAUAGCUCUCUGGUCAUCAUCUUCUUCACGCUCCUCACAGCACUUCUCCCGGCAUACAUGAGCACUCUGGGCCCCAAAAUUGGUAUGCGCCAGAUGAUUCAGGCACGCUUCAGUUACGGGAAAUGGGCUGUCUCUAUCCCAAUUCUGCUGAAUAUGGCCACUCUUACUGGCUUCUGCAUCAUCAUGGCUGUUAUCGGUGGACAAUGCCUUUCUGCCGUCUCGGGAGGAACAUUGUCAUCUGCUGUGGGCAUUGUGAUUGUUACGAUUCUCAGUCUUGUGAUAUCCUUUAGUGGGUUUAAAGUCCUGCAUCUGUAUGAAAAAUGGGCUUCAGCUCCAUCUGUCAUUGCCUUGAUUAUUGCCUGUGGGUGCGGCGGUAAACAUCUCGACGAACAAUCGGUGCCCACGGAUCCUGCGACGGCAGCACAAAUUCUCUCAUUUGCUAUGAUUUGGCUUCUGAAGAUCCCCCGAUCCGUUUUUUCUAUCGUCAUCACAGCACUUGUCAUGCCUAUUUCUAUCAAGGCUUCAAGUGACUUCUUUGCAAACCUGGAGAAUUUCAUAGCCUUGAUUGGUUAUUGGUCCUCGGCCUUUGUGGGCGUUUUCAUUGUAGAGCACUUCUGGUUUCGCAAGGCCGACUGCUCUACGUACAGCCAUGAAGCUUGGGACAACUCAGAGAUGCUCCCCCCUGGAAUCGCCGCAAUUGCUGCAUCUGUAGUUUGCUUUGGUCUUGUUAUUCCUACUAUGGAGCAAGUUUGGUGGGUUGGGCCUAUUGCUGAGACCACUGGUGAUCUUGGGUUUGAAGUGGCCUUUCUCCUUGCGGGACUUCUUUAUGUGCCUUUCAGAACGCUGGAGAAGAGGAUCGGUGGCCGUUGA